GUAAAGUUGACCUGCAAAAGUAAACCCAGCUGCCGCAAUACCGACUCUCGCUCGUCAUCAUGGACAACUCGACCAAGAUGGCACCACAAACCUCUCUGUUCCAGGUCUAUUUGCGCCUUCGCCCACCAUUCCAACUCUCGCAGUCAAGGCCUGAACCGUGGCUCAUCGUGGAGCCACCGAGCGCGGUAGCCGAACGCGACGAAAAUGUGGGCAAUUCAUUCUCGAGCCACAUCACCCUACAACCUCCAAACGACUCGAGAAAGCGCGCGAUCGAGAGAUUUGGAUUCACGAAGGUAUUCCAAGAAGAGGCGGCACAGUUAGACAUAUUCGACGAGUCUGGGGUGGCAGACACGAUAAAGAGUGUGCUGCAGACCGGAAGAGAUGGUCUUGUUGCCACACUGGGAGUUACUGGUAGUGGGAAGAGCCACACAAUCCUUGGAUCCAAGUCUCAGCGGGGACUCACGCAGAUGACUCUCGACGUUCUCUUCAGAUCAAUUGGCGAGAAUAUACGUCGACCGCAUCACCCAGAUCUCCCCACGGAUACCAGUCUCCUCUCAUCUCUUCAAGCGUCUGAUCCCACUGAAGCCCAGAUCUGGUCGGCAACCACCUUCCUCGAGUCAAUCUACGGCGACGGCGACCGAGCCAGAUUAUCACGAGCCCAGACACCUAUGUCACGCGCUCAAACUCCCAUGAUGGAAUCUAUCGGCCACCCCGUCCGAAGGCCUCCUCCGCCUCGACCGUCCACAUUCCCACAGAAUCCUGAUGUAGGAGCCUAUACAGUGGACAUCGAACAGCAAGCCGAGUACGUUGUCCUUGUAUCAAUGUACGAAGUAUACAACGAUCGUAUUUUUGACCUGCUGUCGAAUCCCACGUCGCCUAAUGCACCACCCACGUCGACACGGCAAGGAGCAGCUUUGCAGAAGGGCUUACUGCGGCGUCCAUUACUGUUCAAGAAUACCGAAAUGUCGCCAGAAAUGAAAGUGGUUGCUGGGCUCCGGAAAGUUGUGUGCGGAAGCUAUGAUGAAGCAAUGAUGGUCUUGGAAACGGGCCUUACCGAAAGAAGAGUGGCAGGAACUGGAAGCAACAGUGUCAGCUCCAGGAGUCAUGGCUUCUUUUGCAUCGAAGUGAAAAAGCGAAUGAGACCAAAUUACAAUGAUGGGUAUCUGAUGGCCUCCCAACCUCCCUGGACCGGCGGAACCAUGACCAUCUGUGAUCUGGCCGGGUCCGAACGCGCUCGCAAUGCCAAAACCACCGGAUCGACGCUGGCGGAAGCAGGAAAGAUUAACGAAAGCUUGAUGUACCUCGGGCAGUGUCUUCAGGUCAUCAAUGACUGCCAACAGGAAGGAAGCAAGCCCAUCGUUCCCUUUCGACAGUGCAAGCUCACGGAGCUUCUCUUUUCCAAUUCCUUUCCGUCCUCAAACCAUGCCGCCAUAUGCAGACCACCACAAAAGGGCGUGAUGAUUGUCACUGCUGAUCCUUUGGGAGACUUCAAUGCCACGAGUCAGAUUCUGAGAUAUGCGGCUAUGGCUCGAGAGGUCACCGUUCCAAGGGUUCCUAGUGUGACUAGCACGAUUUUGGCUGGGACUCAGAGCAAGAUAUCACAAACGGGUCGGUGCACUCCGAACGAUGUUGCAAAUGCGUAUUUUAUCACGAAAGAACUGGAUCAGGCAACCCAUGAGGCGGCAAGACUGGCUGAAGAAUGCGAUUUCCUGGCUGUCAAACUCGCGGAGGAAGAAAUCAAACGCACGGAGGCAGAACUGAAGCUGCAGGCAGCGGAAGAGAAGCUCGCUGUCAAGGAGCAAGAAGUUCGCGAGGAAUGCUGGGCAGAGAUGGAAGAACGGCUGGAUGAAGAGAGAGAAAGAUGGAGAACUGCAUGGGAGCAAGAGAGACUGCGAGGAGAGGCGUACGUGGACGGCAAGCUCGAAAUUCUCGAGAAAACGGCAAAGAUCACGAUUCACGAGGAUGCUUCCAGUGAUGGGAGGAUCGAAGAGCUUGAGCGAGAAAACGAAUGCCUCCGUGCCAAGUUGCGAGCUGUGCAACAAGAGCUCCAAACAAAAAGUCCGACAAAGAAGUCUCGAAGCGCGGCCACGUCCCGGUCCCCUGUCAAGGGCUUGGUUUUGCAAGAGUCGUCCAACGCCAACAUUGCGACCAACCCUUUUCUAGCUUCACUAAGGGCGUCAACCAAAGAUCGAGACAGCGAGGCGACACUCAAGCCCAGGAAGAGCGACGAUGGGCUGGACAUAUGUGAUGUUUCGCCACGGAAGCUAUCGUUGAGGAGCUCAAGUGCAACCAGGGUCUCAGUGCUGGAAGACUCACAACCUGCAGUUCCAGCUGUCAAGAAGCAGCGCAAAUUGACGACGCGCAAGUGGGAUCUCGGUGAUCCGGAUGACAUUUGAAUUAGAUACCACGGGGGCAUUCAUGUCCAUUAGGCGCUUGACAGAAUAGCUCAAGACGCUAUCGAGUUGUGUUACUCAGUAUUGGAGAGUGGUGUAAUAUUCGUCCACGCCUUUGUCACCCCCCAGCAUGGCACUCAGUCAUUUUGGCGACUUUAGAGCCAGUGCGUACACCGCACAUGAGACAAAUGGGCGUCAGAGGCAUAGAAAGUGUCAGAAGUCUCAAGAAGCGGAUUGGGCUUAUUUCGCCAACAGGAAAACUACUCGAGCGUGAGGCGCGCGUGAGAUGAGGAAGGCAGAUGAGAAGUGGAACGGGAGAUGGUCAAAC